GGUUUCUAUGACACCAUGGACGCAGGCUACGUGGAUGAGGAGGGUUUCCUGUACAUCAUGUCUCGCUCUGAUGAUGUCAUCAAUGUGGCGGGCCACAGGCUGUCGGCAGGGGCACUGGAAGAGGUAUGAGCGGAGAGACUAAUAGACCCAGAUUGCAUGGAUAUGAAUCCACCUGUUAACAGGUUAUUCCCUUGUGUUGUGGUGUCUGUGUCAGCCACACGGUGGAGACACAUAGCUAAUGACUGGAGUAGAAAUGUCAUUUGGAAAAAGGUUUCUUCAUGUAACCUGACCAGAAAUGUAUUGUAACAUCUCUGAAUGUUCUUGCCUAAACAUCAGACUGUGCCAUGGUUACGCCAUGGAUUUUCAGUCUGAUCGAAGUCGCCCUAAAAAAUACUCAAUAGUCUCUACAAGCCAGAAUGUUGAAUAAAAUGUUAUUUACAGUUACUUUACCGGUUGUACAUGUUGUUGGUCCUUUUGGAGGUGGAGUGGAGAUAGGGUAUCCACAGCAGUGGAGGCUCCUCAGAGGAGGAAGGGGAGGACCAUCCUCCUCAGUGAAUUUCAUAAAACUUUACUAAAUAUAAUCACGUCACCAAAUAAUUGAUUAAAACACACUAUUUUGCAAAGAAGGUCUACAGUAGCCUCAACAGCACUCUGUAGGGUAGCACCAUGGUGUAGCCGGAGGACAGCUAGCUUCCAUCUUCCUCUGAGUACAUUGACUUCAAUACAAAACCUAGGAGGCUCAUGGUUCUCACCUCCUUCCAUAGACUUACACAGUAAUUAUGACAACUUCCGGAGGACGUCCUCCAACCUAUCAGAGCUCUUGCAGCAUGAACUGACAUGUUGUCCACCCAAUCAAAGGAUUAGAGAAUUAAUCUAGUACUGAAAGCAUAAGCUACAGCUAGCUAGCACUGCAGUGCAUACAAUGUGGUGAGUAGUUGACUCGAGAGAAAGAAAAUAGUUGAACAGUUUUGAACAAAUUAAUUUCUUCCUAAAUGAAGGAGAAGCAAGAGAGAAAUAGAGAGAGAGAUUUGUCUUUUUUUUCUCACUUGCUUAGCUAGCAAAUGCAGCUAGCUAGUUUAGCCUACUGAAACACCCUGCUCAAACAGAGGGAUGCUUUGUUAGCUAGCUGGCUAUGACUAUGCAACACAACACUGGAACUCUUCCAAGUCAAGGUAAGCUUUUGGUUUUACUAAUUUAUUGCCACCGGGGCCCGCCGGUGUAACUGCUUACUGACUGUACACUGUAACUUUACUGCAUGAUUGUAGCGGGUUUACUAACGCGUUAGUUCUAUUAGCUAUGCUGACUAUGAUGUUACUUUAGCUAAUAUGGUGACAACGAUGUAGCGGUUUGUCUUCUUUUUUCUUUUUUUUCCUGGUCACAUACAGCUGAUGUGUUGUGCAUUGAAGUCAACAAGCAAAGGUGAAAGGAGGAGACCGCAUAACGUAGAUGCGAGAAGGAAUACAACGUGGCUGAUAUGAAACUGUGUUUACGCGUGAUCGGGGGUGUAUUCAUUCUGCCGAUUCUGUUGAAAAACUGAACAAAAUGGGGAUAAACAUACCUGAAUUUGUCCAAUAGAAACUCUUGUUUGCAACUGUUGGACUAAUGAUUACAAUAUCAGCUGGAUGCAGGCAAGAGUGUGCAAGGUGGUAUUGAAUGUCACUGUCUGUCCAUGUGUGUGCACCUACGUUGUAAACUUUUAUUCAUAGGCGAGGUUGUAGCAACCUAAUGAUGGGAAUAGGGAAAAUUUGAGUAUCAUGUAGUAGCCUAAACCUAUUGCUGUUACAUUUAACUGGGUGAAUGGAAUAUGAAUGACAGUCAUGCAAUAUGCUGUAAUAGAAAUGAGGCCAUGCUCAUGAAAAAAAAUCCUCCUCCCUCGUCUGAAACAGCACUGACCGCCACUGAUCCACAGGAAAGUGUUGUUUUCCCGACUUUUUGCAGUGCCGGUAGGGUCUGUCGCUUGUAUUUUCAAUCUCUUAACGCAUUGCAUAUGAUGCACAAUAUGUAAACAAUAGCCAAAUGUAACUGAACGUAGUCGACCGAAGCACAUUUCCUCACAAUCAGCUGAAAGUGUUUGCCGUUUGGUCUGUGGUUCGGUUAAGCUCUGCCAUAUUGUGCAAGUGUUUGUCAUGUGCGAACGUGGUUUGCAUGUGUUUGAUGCCAUUCCAUUCGCUCCGUUCCAGCCAUUAUUGUGAGCCGUCCUCCCCUCAGCAGCCUCCACAACAGGUAAAAUAAGUUGAAAUGAAGUUUGUUCAACAUUCUGACUUGUAAUGGGAUUGUUUGGGAAUGCUGAGCCUACAUGUUAGAGACGGGUGUGUAAGUAUUUCACCCUCGGAUUCUAAAAGAGGCUAUGUGUGUUCCAGUCUGCUGCACCCUGGGGUGGUGGACUGUGCUGUGGUGGGUCUGGAGGACUCCCUGAAGGGUCACAUCCCCCUGGCUCUGUGUGUCCUCAGAAACGGUAAGAGACACAGUGACCCAGAGAGAUACAGGAUAAAGGUCCAUUUAAUUGAGCAGUUUGGGGAUCCAACAUUCCUGUGACUGUGGGGUUAUAAAAAGUCAAACAUCUGUGAAUGUGGGUCUGUCUCAGACCUACAGAAGAGCCAGGAAGACGUGGUGAAGGAGAUGGUGAGCCUGGUCAGAGAGACCAUUGGACCAGUGGCUGCUUUCAGGAAGGUGCUGAUUGUCAGAGGUCUCCCCAAGACCCGCUCUGGGAAGAUCCCCCGCUCCUCCCUGGCUAACCUGGUCAACGGGAAGUCAUACACGGUAACUCACCACACAUUCACCCACCAUGUCAAUGCUUGUCAAUACUGUACUUGGAUUGAAGCCAAGGCACACUUUGAGAAAUGGCUGCAUAUGAAUGAAUAAGAAGUUGGUUGGUACUGGAAGACAAAGGCGCAAUUAUUCACCAAGAAUAGCACUGGAUUAUUAUUCCUGUACAGCUGCCAAUUAUCUGGCGAGCCGAUGUUGGAUCAAUUUAAUUCAUACCGACAAUUUGAAUAAAAGUUUGAGGAUUAUAUCAAAGAUGAAAUUCACUCAUGAUGUAAUAAGAUUUAAACAGAUCAAAAAUAGAAAUGGAAAAAAAAUGGCUACUACUAGUAGUAUGGAAGGCUGUGUCUGUCUCCACAGAUAUCUCCUACCAUUGAGGACCCAGAUGUGUAUAAGGACAUUGAGAAGAUGGUGAAACAGGAGCUGAGACCCGCUGGACAGUAA